AUGGAGGACACAUAUAAUAACAGGACUUCUUUAGCAAAAGGCGCCAAGGACAUAGUCAAAGAGGCGAAGCGGCAUGCAGCCAAGAAAGUCAACAAAGCUGUGGACCGGGCAACAGACGAAUACUCAUCCCACCGCAACUACAGCAGAUUCCAGGAUGAGGAAGAGGAAGAUGAGGACUUCUACAGGAACCCACCAAGGCAACAGGAUGCAGAGGGCUUUCCCGACAAUGAGGAGGGCGGGUCCAGUGAUGCCACCGAGGGUCAUGACGAUGAAGACGAGAUCUACGAAGGGGAAUACCAGGGAAUCCCAAAGAAGAAAGAGGGCCAGGUAGCACUUGCGCAGCCCAUCUCUGACGCCAGCAGAGACCGAAGGGAGUUGGAGCGUGAGAGAGAGGGUGAUGAAGAGGAGUUAGCUCAACAGUACGAGUUGAUCAUCCAGGAGUGUGGCCACGGCAGGUUCCAAUGGCAGUUGUUCCUCGUCCUGGGCCUGGCGCUCAUGUCUGACGGGGUGGAGGUUUUUGUGGUGGGCUUUGUGCUGCCCAGUGCUGAGACGGACAUGUGUGUGCCUGAUUCCAGCUCAGGAUGGUUGGGCAGUGUUGUGUACUUGGGAAUGAUGGUCGGAGCGUUUUUCUGGGGCGGGAUGUCAGACAAAGUGGGCCGCAGACAGUGCCUCCUCAUCUGUAUGUCGACCAAUGGGUUCUUUGCUUUCCUGUCCUCGUUUGUCCAAGGAUACGGCCUGUUCCUCCUGUGUCGCCUCAUUGCUGGCUUUGGAAUCGGAGGGGCUGUUCCCAUCGUAUUCUCCUUUUUUGCUGAGGUCUUGUCCAGGGAGAAAAGGGGUGAACAUCUCAGCUGGCUGUGCAUGUUCUGGAUGAUUGGAGAGAUUUAUGCUUCAGCCAUGGCGUGGGCUAUCAUUCCCCACUAUGGCUGGAGUUUCAGCAUGGGCUCAGCGUACCAGUUCCACAGUUGGAGAGUGUUUGUGGUGGUGUGUGCGCUGCCGUGUGUGUGUGCUGUGGUGGCACUUACCUUCAUGCCCGAAAGCCCCAGGUUUUACCUCGAGGUGGGGAAGCACGACGAGGCCUGGAUGAUCCUCAAACAGAUCCACGACACCAACAUGAGAGCGCGUGGGCAGCCGGAGAAAGUCUUCACCGUAAACAGAAUUAAGAUUCCCAAACAACUUGAUGAACUGGUGGAAAUGGAGUCCGAGUCCAGCAAUCGAGUUUCUAAAGCCUUCUUCAGGAUGAAAUCUGAAAUCCAAGGGAUUUGGGUGAACCUUCUGAAGUGCUUCAACUAUCCGAUGCGAGAAAACAUGAUGAGGCUGACCAUUGUGUGGCUCACGUUGUCUUUUGGCUAUUAUGGUUUGUCAGUGUGGUUCCCGGAUGUGAUAAAACAUCUGCAGGCCGAUGAUUACGCCUCCAAAGUAAAAGUCCACACCAACGAACGCAUCGAGGACUUCACGUUCAACUUUACUUUAGAGAAUCAGAUUCACAAAAACGGCGUCUUCAUCAGUGACAGAUUUCUUAACAUGAAGCUGAGGUCUGUAUUCUUUGUGGAUUCAACAUUUCGCAACUGCUUCUUUGAGGACGUCUCAACAGUCGGGUCCUAUUUCCGCAACUGCACUUUUAUUGAUACGUUUUUCUACAACACAGAUAUCGAUGAGUCCAAGUUGAUAGAUGGGACGGAGGUGAUCAACAGCACAUUCGCUCACAACAAAACCGGUUGCCAGAUGACAUUCGAUGAUGACUACAGCGCAUACUGGGUUUAUUUCAUUAACUUCCUCGGCACACUGGCUGUUCUGCCUGGCAACAUCGUCUCCGCCCUUCUCAUGGACAAAAUUGGUCGUCUGUCUAUGUUAGGUGGAUCCAUGGUUCUGUCGGGAAUCAGCUGUUUCUUCCUGUGGUUUGGCACCAGUGAGUCCAUGAUGAUCUUUAUGCUGUGUCUUUACAACGGCCUCAGUAUCUCUGCCUGGAACUCCCUGGAUGUGGUGACGACAGAAUCCUUUCCCACUGCCAGAAGAGGAACAGGUUUUGGCUUCUGCAAUGCUCUGUGUAAGUUUGCAGCAGUGAUGGGUAACCUAAUCUUCGGAUCUCUGGUCGGAAUCACCAAAGCCAUCCCCAUCCUCAUGGCGUCCACGGUCCUGGUCGGCGGAGGCCUUGUGGCUCUGAGGCUACCGGACACCAGGGCAAAUGUUCUCAUGUAA